CCCACAGGAAGGUGGACACCCCAAGCCGCGCGAUCCAAAAGCGCGCAAUGCGGGCCCCGACGAGAGUCCACAUUCGGGUCCGUACAGGGGAAAUGGAGUUCAAUGAGAAAACUUAUGGAUUUGUUUGCAUACUGCUGCAAUUCGGGAUAAGGUCCUGCUACCACGAACACCUGGAAAUCAUCAUAAUCAGAGUGGUUUUAGCGGUGACGGUUCAAGUCAUGUGCAGCUAUAUCACCCUUCCCCUCUAUGCCCUUGUAACUCAGAUGGGGUCACAUUUCAAAAGCGCGGUGCUAGUGCAGCAAACCGCGAAUGCCAUAAAACAAUGGCAUGCAGAAGUGAGGCAGAAGAGGAAGAAACAGCCCCAGCAUGAAUCCUCCACAUCCUCCACACACGAUACCCACGACUCAUCCUGGUCGACUUCUUCUCACUAUGGCCGAGAUCACAACAAUUCAUCGUAGUUUACACGGACCCCGAAUGACAACAUCAGUGACCUUGACGACCGGAGUACUGGUCACAAUGUCUCUUACCAUCAUAGGGUCCCGACGUUUGGCGAGAUCGUCUCUGACUCGGACCAGACCGGCAGUGAUGGUGCUCAUCAUGAGAUUACCCAACCUUCCCGAGAGGCCGAUCAUGUCGUGCAAAUUGCAUAGCUCCCGAAAUGUAUGCGAGAAAUUUUGAAUGGAGCUAUACAACAAUUCAUAAAGUAUGACAAAAAAGAAAAAUUGCUUGACCCAUGUUGCUUCGGCCCACUGGGCCUGGUUCAAAACCCAUUAUAUGGUUGAGGCGUCCUAAGAGACCGGUAGAAUUGAACCAUGUUCCUUGGUGACUUGGUCAAUUCAGUUGUGCAUUCGUGCUUCUCAUUAUUUUCAG